AAAUGUCAAUUUUCACAAGGCCCACGGUCCGGUGGUAUUUUGGAACUCGCUCCCUCGAUCCAUUCACACAAAUUAUAAAAGAAAACUUAAUUUUGUAAGUGAAAAUGACACUUUACCACUUUGGUAACUGUGCGGCGUUGGUGUACGUACCGUACUACUUCACCUACAAAUACUCCGGCCUAUCCGAGUAUGGUGCAUUUUGGAAAUGUGUCCAAGCGGGUGGAAUCUACGUGUUUACACAGCUCUGCAAAAUGCUCGUACUGGCCACAUUCUUCCCCGACACGGACACCUUUAGCGAAGGGGCACCGUUUAAUUUUAUUGCCGAAUUUCUGCGCUGCAGUGUAGAUCUGGUCGACUUCUUGGGUCUCGCGUUCGUGCUGUCGAGAAUUCCAGGCAAGGGACACAGUAAACUGAUUACCGCCGGGCUCGGUUGGGCUACGGCAGAAGUGAUUCUUUCCCGCGGUCUGAUGCUGUGGGUCGGUGCUAGAGGGGCGGAGUUUUCCUGGAUCUACACGCAAAAGUGUCUGGAAUCGAACGUACUGCUGGUGCAGCACCUGUCGACCGCGACACUGCUGUGGUUGUUUUCGCGCCACGAUUUGGAUAAAAAGUUCGUCCCACUAGUCGUGCUGCUGCUGGUGGCAACGUCGUACCGUGGCGUAUGGCUUGAGGGCACCCUGCACGCCAUGUCUGCCGGUCCGUGGCUUAGUUUGGCGCUCAAAGCUCUCAUUACCAGCUGCAUGGGCGUCGGUACGCUUCACAUCUACUCCGGACUGGCGCAACAGAUUGGACUGUAGAGUUGUGCCACACUACUUUUAUGUUGAUUAGUUCAAAGAAAGCCUCAUAAAGUUCGAAGUAAAGUUACUUCCACUAUGCUAUUAGUUUGGUGAAAAUGAA